AUGGAAGCUUCAAAGGCAUGUAAUGUAUGUGUUGAGUUACAUACUGGUAGAUGUAUAAAUGAAACAUGUAUCUGUCAUGCUGGAUUUAGUGGAAUUGCAUGUACAGAUCGAUUAACAACAUUGAUUGCACAAUUAUCUAAAUCUCAAAUUAAUAUUGCUGUUGUUGUAGCUGGUAUUCUCGGUGGUGCUUUAUUUGCUGUUAUUGUUAGUUUUGUCGUCUUUUUAAUUUGGAAAAGAAGAGUUAAAAAGAAAUUAUUUGGAAUGUCACAAUCGACAAUAGCUACAAAUUUAUCAUCAUCAAUACCUGUUGAAGUACCUGCUUUGUAUAAUAUAUCAUCAUCUCGACGAACUUCAUCCACUCCAACAACGACUUAUCAUUUAUAUGAAGAAUUGUUAUAA